AUGGUGGCCAUCAGCAGCCUUGAUGCCCAUGAACACCCUCCUGCCAGGCUGCGACAGCAGUACAAGGCGUAUCGCUCGCUGAAGAUCUAUGAUAUCGACUCCCACCCCGCCAUCAUCGACCUGCAGAGAGACGCUCACAGUGAAGGUCUUGCUGAUGGCAUAUCGCUAGACAGAUGGCUCGAUCUAGAAUCACUUCGGACUGCUUUUGAUAGGUUUAUAGGGGGAUGUGUGGCCCAGGAUGCACCACAGGCGCCUCUUGAGUCACUCCCGGUAUAUACACAUCGAGAUAUCCCUGGCCUUGAGAUUAUCCCGUCAAUUCUCCCGCCGCAGGUCCAAAGAGCUCUGCUGUCCAAGUUACUCCAUCGUGACCUGUCCGACCAACGACACCAGACCAACCUCCACCUGCAUUAUAACGUCACCUACCCAGACGCUUCGUGUUUGUCUGGGGUCGGAAAUGCCACCGACAGGCCAUCCUUCUUCGAGGAUUCGUUGAGCCGCUCAAUCUUACCCAAGGACAGCUCCAUCCACUCACCACUGACGGUUCAAUCCAUAUUGAGCCGCAAGCUCCGGUGGAUGACGCUUGGUGGACAGUAUAACUGGUCCGAGAAGCGUUACCCUGCUAGCCCACCACCUCCCUUCCCUUUGGACAUAUCCCAUCUUCUACAGACUAUUUUUCCUGCUACCCAGCCCGAGGCGGCAAUCGUAAACGUCUAUUCACCCGGAGACACGCUGCACAUUCACAGAGACGUCAGCGAGGAGUGUGAUACCGGCUUGAUCAGUAUCAGUUUUGGCUGUGAAGGGCUAUUCACGAUCAGCCACACUGAUAAUUCUAACCUUGCCGCCAUCAGGCUUCGCUCUGGUGAUGCGGUAUACAUGGGCGGUGCGUCCAGGGUUUCUUGGCACGGUGUUCCCAGAAUCAUCCCAGAUACCUGUCCGGUUUGGUUGCGAGACUGGCCUGGAGAUGCUAGCGAAGAUGGUAGAUUCCAACAGUGCAAGGGUUGGAUGGCUGCCAAACGAGUCAACUUAAACGUGAGGCAGAUGAAGCCAACAAAUCCAAUCGACUGA